AUGCCUGUAUUCACCGAAUACGCCGCCUCGUCGCGUGAACUGCGCGUUCUGCCUUCCUUCGCUCCUCCACUUCCCCGCCUUUCCCCGCGAUUUACGCGUCCUGAGGGAGCGGAGAAAUAUGAAGUCGUCAUUGUCGGUGCUGGACCUGCAGGGCUCAUGCUGAACCUGCUUCUGGCACGAUACGGCCUCAACGAUGACUCUCUGCUCUGUAUAGAUGCGAAACCAGGCACGCUCAAAUCGGGCCAGGCGGACGGCCUGCAGCCGCGCACGCUCGAAGUCCUCAAAUCUCUCGGGCUCGCGGACGAGAUUCUCACCGAUGGCUGUCACAUGGAAGAGGUGGCGUUCUGGAAUCCGUCGCCCGACAAGGAGAAGGUGAUUGAGAGAACGUCAAUCAUUCCCGACGUGGCUGUGCCUGCCCGCUUUCAACACGAAGUCACAAUCCACCAGGGUCGCAUUGAGCGAAUCCUCGAAACCGAUCUGCUCCGGUAUUCGAGACAAGGCGUGCAGCGGAACACCAAGCUUGUGGGCGUCAAGAUCGACGAGGCGGGCGAUGCAGAAUUCCCAGUGGUCGCCGAUGUCGAGACGGACGGCGUCCGCCGCACAAUACGCUCGAAACACCUGGUGGGCGCGGAUGGUGCCCACUCGGUAGUCCGGCGUUGCAUGGGACUCAAGCUCGUCGGCGAGUCGAUGGACCAUAUCUGGGGCGUGGUCGAUCUGGUAAUCGACACUGACUUCCCCGAUAUUCGAAGACGCUGCGCCAUCCAUUCACCGGCCGGGUCUGUCAUGGUCAUCCCGCGGGAGCGCAUCGCGACGGGCGACUACCUGACUCGUCUCUAUGUUCAAGUACCGGAAGAGACACCUCCUGAAGAGGACCAGAAGCCUGUUAAUGGGACUACUUCUCAGUCCAAGGGCGAUGCACGCGCGCGUAGAAGCCAGGUGACUCAGGAAUCGAUUUUCCGGCAUGCAGCGCAAGCGUUCAAACCUUACUAUAUCCGGCCUAAGGAAGAGGGUGCAGUCGACUGGUGGGCUGCGUACCAGAUCGGGCAGCGAGUCACGGACAAUUUCACCGUCAAAGACUCCAAGGGAAUCAAUCGGGUGUUUAUUGUGGGAGAUGCUUGGAAACUGGCGUAUUCCCUGCAUGGCCUCACACCUGAUUCGGCGGUUCCCGGACAACCCGAUGCCAUUGUGGAUACAUACCACUCUGAGCGCCAUACAAUCGCCCAAGAACUCAUCGCGUUCGAUCGUGCCUUCUCGUCCAUGUUCUCCGGCAAGAUUGGGGCGUCAGAUGACGGAGUCGAGGGACUCACGCACGAACAGUUCCUCGAAGUCUUUAGCACGGGCAAUGGAUUCACCAGUGGUUGUGGUAUUGAGUAUCCUAGUAGCCUAAUGGUGGACAAGGUUUCGGAGGACGGCGUAGAAAACCCAAUUACCGGGACAGACUACCUGUCCGGUGUUCUUCGUCCAGGCAGAAGAUUACUUGACGUUCGAUGCAAGCGCCAUGCAGAUGGGAACAGACGGCACUUGCAUGACGACUUUCUGUCGACAGGUCGCUUCCGCAUUCUGUGUCUCACGUCUUCCGACCUCCUUGACCUCAACGGCGUUUCUGCCCAGGUAUUGACCACUCUUGGAUCAUCUGUCCUUCCACGAUUCCCGCCGAACAUUAUUGAGCAGGUGGUUAACCAUCCUCGCUUGGGUAAGACGUUCAUGUGGCAGGAUGUGCCGAGUGAGCUUAAGAAACACUCGGAGAUGCGGUUCUACAGCGGUUACGAGUUAGACGAUGUGUACAAGAUCUACGGCGUAGACGAGACGAAGGGUGCUCUGGCUGUCGUUCGACCUGAUGGAUAUGUCGGCAUGGUGGCGGCGUUGGAUGAUGUGAAGCGUGUAGAGGAGUACUUAGAAAGGUGCUUGAGGACUGUCUAA